CUGUGAUCAGAGAUGGCGGGCGCCUCCGACCCCCUGGAAGAUAUGCUCUUUUCAGAGGUGGAUGAAAAAGCUGUGAGCGACCUAGUGGGCUCAUUGGAGUCACAGCUUGCUGGCCAAAGCAAUCCGGCUGGUAAAACAGACGAAAACGGAGGCGCUGGCACAGUGGCCCCCGCUAACCAUCACUUAGGAAAAACGCUACCAGCUCCACUGGACACCACAACACUAGAACAACAACAACAAGGACGGCGUAAUAAACCUGAGAUGCGCCAGGAGAUCAACUCUAAAGACAUCAGCCCGGAUAAAACUGUCAAACCUCCGUCUCCGGGCUGCACCCCUUCUUUUGGCGAGCCGUCCGCCACUUCGGCUGCCGGUGUGAACGCCACCUCCAGCGGUUCGCAAUCACAUGGAGCAUCCAUCACAACACUGACUGCAUCUGGGCUGUCAACUUUGGCAUCUCCGCCUGCCAGCAUCAGCACCGCAUCCAGUCGGGACUCUAAGGUUACCCCGGGCACAGGUGAGACGUCGACGGAAGCUAACCCGCCGAGAAAACGCAUGAGCACACCGCGGAGGAGCGCUUCGGCUCGGAUAAAGAGUUUGAACGGUGCAGCUGUGACGACGAGAAGGAGCAGCACCACCGCGGUGGCUGAAAACGUUAGCUCUGUGGAAACCGGUGCAACUAACGUUACACCAAACUCUACUCGGCCGGGGACAUCCUCUAUCAACACUUCGACUUUCACCUUAUCUAACGCUAGCCUCCCUGUAGGUCAGUCUGCUAUUGCACUCGACCGGGGGACUCCUACCAUUGCUUUACAUAGACUCCCCAAUCAUAUUGUAGCGAGCAUAUCCCAGAACGGGAACGGGACCAGUGUUUCGGCCUUGGCCCAGCAGGGCGCUCGCAUAGGACCCAUCCCCUCUUCAGCUUUACAGGGGAACCACAGCAAAACGGUCACAGACACUGGGGCUUCCAAAACAGACGAUUGUCAGUCCAAAAUUGUAAUGUCAAGCCAGUCUGGUGGUGUCAAUUCUGUAAUAAACACUGUUUCCCCAACGCCUUCUGUUGUUACACCAACAACAACCACAGCAGCAGCUACAACAACCACAACAGUAACCCAGCCUCUGAGCUCGGCCACCACUGCGGCUUGUGUUACAGGGGUGGCAACAGGUUCUGUGUGUGGAGCUGGUCAAACAACAUCAGUGACUACCACUAUUAGCGUGGUCAGGCCCACAGCCCCGUCUCCAACACCUGCUGUGGCCACCACUGCCCAGUCUCAACCCCGUCCUGGACUUACAGCACCUCAAAGGAUCGUAGCCCCCCAGCUGAUUGUCAGACCACCUCAACAGCAGACGACCAUUCAGCUGCCCCCUGGGUUUACCAUUCCACCUGGCAUGGUGUUGGUACGCACGGAGUUGGGCCAGCUAGUGAUGGUUCCUCAGCAGGCUUUGGCUCAAGCUCAGGCUCAAGCUCAGGCCCAGGCCCAGAAUAACAUCUCUCCACGACCUGCCACCCCUACGACAGGAGCAUCCUUCAGAGUAACAACUCCACAGAAGGGCCCCGUGGCACCGGCCGUGGCUGUGACGGCUCCGCAGCAGACCCCCGUGGUUAUGGCCCCCCAGGCCCCGGCCCAGCCUGCCUCUCAGCCAGUGCAGCCUCCGCAGACGGCCAUCGCCCCGGCCCCCGGAGCUCCUGUCGUGUCCCAGGAAAUGCAAGAGAAUGUCAAGAAGUGUAAGAAUUUCCUGGCUACACUUAUCAAACUGGCGUCUCACAAUUCUCCGUCCCCUGAGACCUCCAAGAACGUCAAGGCUCUUGUUCAGGACCUGCUGGUGAGCUUCAAAACAACUGUUCUUAUGGACAUCAUGGAAGAUGCCAAGAUUGAACCGGAGGAGUUCACCAGCCGGCUGCAGACUGAGCUCAAGUCGUCUCCUCAGCCUUACCUGGUGCCCUUUCUUAAGAAGAGCCUCCCGGCCCUGAGGCUGUCUUUGCUGAAUAGUCAGCAGUCCCUGAUCCAGCCCCCGCAGCAGGGAGUCAAACCAGCGCCCGGCGGCACGCCUCCUGCCAUCGUGGCUGGGCCAGCUGUCCGCAUACGGCACCCUAACAGCGUCAGCACCACAACGGGUGCCAGUGCUCUCCCCGCCGGGACGCUUGGGCAUACAGCUGUCAUGGGUAACAAGACAGCAGGCGCUGUCGGUGGCCAGGUCCGGAUGCCCGUGGUGAUCACACAGUCUGUCAGAGCGCAAGGCACAAUGGGGAAGGGAGCCAUCAUCCAAGCAGGCAAAAGUCCCGUGGGCUUGGCUGUUCAGAUCUCUGGGAAUCAGAAAAACAAGCUCAACGACCCCGGAGGAGGUUCUUUCAGGGAUGACGAUGACAUCAAUGAUGUAGCCUCAAUGGCCGGGGUGAACCUGAAUGAGGAGAGCGCAAGAAUACUCGCCACCAAUUCUGAACUAGUGGGAACACAGAUCCGCUCAUGUAAAGACGAGGCCUUUCUCCAUCCAGGACUGCUCCAUCGACGUAUUCUGGAAACAGCAAAGAAGUUUGGAGUCACGGAGGUCCCUAUGGAGGCGGUGACAUUCAUCUCACACGCCACGCAGUCACGACUCCGUACUGUGGUAGAAAAGGUUUCUACUAUCGCACAGCACCGACUGGACUCCUGUAAGGAUGAUGAGUGCUAUGAGCAGUCUGCAGACGUUCGCUCUCAGCUCCGCUUCUUCGAGCAGCUGGAGAGAAUCGAGAAGCAGAGGAAGGACGAGCAGGAGAGAGAGAUCCUGUUGAAAGCCGCUAAAAGUCGCUCCAGGCAAGAGGACCCAGAGCAAGCUCGACUGAAACAGAAAGCUAAGGAGAUGCAGCAACAGGAACUGGCCCAGAUGAGGCAGCGAGACGCCAACCUCACAGCACUAGCCGCAAUUGGACCCCGCAAAAAACGUAAAGUGGAUUCACCAGGGGCCACCCCAUCAGGGACAGAGGUUUCAGGCAGCACGGCGGGUUCCUUGGCCAGCUCCUCCACCCCAUCCACGUCAUCGCGCCAGUACACACGGCAACGCAUCACUCGCGUCAACCUCAGGGACUUAAUUUUCUACAUGGAGCAGGAGAGAGAGACCGCCCACUCCCUCCUCCUUUACCGUGCCCUGCUGAAGUAGCCCGUGCUCUGCUCAGCACCCACCUCCUCCUCCUCCUCCUCCUCCUCCUCCUCCUCCUCCUCCUCCUCUUCCUCCUCCUUCCCAGCCACGUGCCUUCAGAUCAGGUCUAAUGUUUCAACUCUGUGUCUCCAUAUGUACUGUAGUGACGUUUGAUGUAGCUUUUAAUAGGAAGAGAGACUGAGAGAGACAAAAAAACGUACAAAAAUAAGACUGUUGUUCCGUGUCUUCUCCGUUUAGAUUCACUGUGUGUGUUUAGAUUAUUCAGUUUAAAGGCCAUAUCAUGUUCUUUGUCUUGAAGUUGAAUUUGUCAAAGGAACAAAGCUGUUUUUGUGUCGCACGACUUGACCCAGAACUGGUUCCAUGUAUGUUGGGUAGCUAUUUAUUUGAUGUCGUUGGCAGUAGCUUCAAUGAACAACCUCAAAGUUAUGAUUUUUUUGGCCAAGAGAAUUAUGUUCACACCUCUAUACAGCCUACGAUAUUAUCCACGAGCUAUUUGUUGAACAUAGUUCAAUGAAUUUUUAGUUUAGCUGAACUCAAUAACUAAUAAAGAGACUGAUUUGUAUACCGAGACACCCUUUUGAAACAUAUAGAUUCCAAAUAACAGCAUAAUGUUUCCUUACUGUAUGUGUAAAUAGUUCUUUUUGAAUUAUUUUACAGCAUGUAUAUUUUUAUUUGUAUUAGCUUUGUAAGAAAAGGAAUAACCCGUGUCAAUACUAUUAAACCUGAUGUUUUAUAAAACCAUGUGCUUUGAAUUGUCAAAAUCAGACAGUUUGUUUGUCCUCAUGACCCUUCUACAAAGGUCAUUAAACUAAAUCAUGGUCGCACUAUGACACCAGUUUCUGAUUGGUCACCCUUGUUGAGUGAGUCACUUUUUUUCUUGCCCACACAUAAUGUGAACAUUGUUUGUAUGGCUAGAUGUGUGUAAGUUUUGUACUAUCAUGCUCACUUCUUCAAACACUUAACUGGUUUAGAAGGUAAGUGUUGAUGAGAUUAAACACUCAGCACAAACAUUCCAUUAUCUUUUCCUCUCACUGUCCUGUCUGCACAUUACUAACCUUUGAAAAAGUUACAUUUCAACUAUUCUCCAUUUUGCUAGUGGGUCCCUGGAGCCCCCACCUGCUUUGGUAAUGACUGAAUGACAAAGGUUGUCGAUGAAGCAGUUUAUGUCCACAGCACUUGUUUGUAUUUUAAUCAUACAGCUGUAAAGUAUUGUUUAACUGUAGCAGGAAACAGUUGAUUCCAGCCUAAAAUUGAGUUUUUGUUUUUGUAUUACUGAUUGAAGAGAAGAAUAAGACAAAACACCUGCUUUUUACAUGUUGUGUUGCAUUGCCGCCUUGUCAUUAUUAUUAUUGUUUUUUGUUUAUUUUUUGGGUUUUUUUUUUUUUACAAAUUGUUAUUAUGUAAUAUUGUCCAUCAUGUUUUUUCUAUUUAACUAAAUAUCUUGGCCUCUAUGCAGCUUUUCUUGUCAUAUUGAAAUUUAUUUAAUUAUGGGUGACAUUUGAAACAAUUGCUGUGCAUUGUACAUUUUGACAGCACUUUUUUAAUCUAUUUUAUCUGACAACUGAAAGCUGUCACUGUAUUAUAGCAAAGGAGUUACUCUUUUAAGUAGUAAACGGUAUUGCCAACUUAUGUCAAGACACUUAUUUUUAACAAGUAAUAUAUUUUCUUUUUUUUGGAUUGGCUUUUAUGCUUAAUGCAUUUUCAUAACUUUUAUCUCCAAAAUACCAUGUUUUAAAAACAAGCACAACAAUAUCUAUUGUGGUGAUUUCAAAUGAUUUUAUUAGUGAUUUCUAUGGUUUCUGGUGGUUUCACAGGAGGGCAUUUCUACUACUACUACAGCUUUUUAGCCAAAAUGUUAGGACAAUAUUAAUGAUCUAAACAGAUGGGAGAAAUAACAUUUCAAUGUAAGGAUGAUUUGUAAAUAUUGUUUACAAAACUAUGUGUUUAUUAGAACCACGUUAUUUUUGGUAAACUCUUGUACAUAUCUUGAAAAUUUCCUGUUUGUGUGAACAAAACUAUACUUAUGUAUUUGUACCUAUUUUGUAAAGGAAUAAAUAAGCUGUUUACUAAACUGAGCAGAU